GGAACAUUAUAUUUUUAUAUUUGUUGAUAAAAUUGAUAAAUAAAUAAUUUUGAGACUAUGUUUAUCGUUCUCGUUUUGGCGGGUUUUCCAAAUCCACAUGUUUUAUUUCCCGCCAUUUUUCUAAACAGGUCGCACGUCCACUACGCUGUUGCUCCAUUUAUUCAAGUUUUGCGGUGUUUGCUGCAUCGCCAAGGAUGCCAGGAAUUGAAGAUUGGUUGCAUUGUCCUCUGGACAUCAUACAGAAUAUAUAUGACCAGAAACCAGAACAUCAUGAUGAAGCUAUCAAAGAAUAUUUCACUGCACGUCUGAAUGCUAAAAAUGCUCUGAGCUGGAUCCCAUCUCUGAAUGAUACUCCACUACAUGACUUGAAGCCUAACUCUAUAGUGAGGUACAGAUGCAUGGUACAAGAUAUGUUUGACCCGGAGUUCUUUCUGGGUGUGUAUGAAGUCACAGACAAAAAUACUGGCCAGAGUAAAAUACAUUCUGGCAAAUAUAAAGAUAUUGCCUCAUGUGCAGCUCACCAACAGGUAAAUGUUGAUUCUAACAGAAAUGUGACAAUGGAGAGGCAGAAACUGUACUGUGUUCCAAUUCCAGGAGAGACUCAAUGGGUCAAAAAUACUUAUUCUAGCAACAAUCAAUCAAAGGUAAAACCAUCAACUUCUUCCAAUCCUAUCCGAGCCAAACGCAGCUUAGACACUGAAAGUGAUGUCAGUUGUGAUGAAAUAAGGGGUGGCAGUGCUGCGACAUCUUUACCUAAUCCAGCCCAAACUUCAGGUGGAGAUGUAGAGAUGGAAACAGAUGCAGAAAACAAACGACCUAAAACUGAUGAAAACCCAGGGGGUUCUUCCAUCUCUGCACCAGAUUUGAAUUUCCCACUGCCUCGUGAACAAGGGCCCCCUUGUCUUGUAAAAAUAUAUGACGAUUCAGACAGCAUCAAACUGAAUGAUAUCUUCGAGUUUAUAGGUGUCCUAUCUAUUGACCCUGCCCUGGCCAACUUUUACAGUGAAAGCAGCGAAGAACAGUCAUCAUUUCUUGACCCUGCUGAAGCGCUCUCUAAUAUGGAGGAAGAAAAUGUACAUUCCCCACCUCCAUCAUUAGUUCCAAGGCUACAUGUGAUACUAACAGAAAAAUUAAACCAUAAUAAUCCACUUUUGCCAAUUUCCACAAAAAGUGAUGACUUUAAAUCAUCACAAUCCAAUAUACUUAGUGAGGCCUUACUGCUGAAACAACAAAUGUUGACUGUGCUUGAGAGGGCUGUGUUUGGGGAUGGCCUAGCUGCAGAAUACCUCUUGUGUAACCUCAUUUCAUCAGUAUAUGCACGCCGAGAUGUUGCAGCUCUUGGGAAAUUCAGUGUAAACAUAUGUGGUUGUCCUAGAGCCUCUAAGUUCCCAGACAUGUACACCACCCUUCUAGAACAGCUUUCAACUAAGAUGUUCUGUUUUCCUAUGAAGAUUGACAGUAUGAACAACAUGAAGUUCUCACCUAAGAAAGACUACACGGCUAACAGGCUUAUCAGUGGCAUCUUGCAGCUGGCAGAGCAGACACUGCUUGUUAUAGACGAAACAGUACUGGAGUCUGGGCAGCUUAAUGCUAAUGGGAUUGGGAAUCUUGCUGCAUUGGGAAAUGUAGUGAACUGGCAGAAGGUUGAAUAUGACUUCAACUUCCAUAAACAAGACUUCCCAUGUAACAUUGCGUGUCUUAUUCUCUCUGAGGGGAAAUCAAUGAUAAAUUCUGACUUCCUAAUGCCCAUGUCUCUACAAUGGAAUGAAGAAAGCCUACCUGAGAAAUUUUCAGCAAUUGAGAGUUUCUUAACCCCUGCAUUGUUAACUAAAUUGAGAACAUAUCUAACGGCAGUGCAGUUCAUUGAAUAUACAUUGACUGAUGAUGUUCAAAAGACAAUAGAGGAAGAUUUUGUUGAGCUCCGAAAAGCAGAUGCUGCCACCUUUACAGUGGAUGACUUUCACCGUCUCCUGACAUUGGCAAGGUACUUGUCCCUAAGUCAAGGCCAAGCAACACUCACCAUCGAGACCUGGGAGCAUGCGAAGCUUCUAGAACAAGAGCGCAAGAAGCGAGUUGCAAGCCUACCCAGGACAAGUGUCAUAUCAUGAUUUGCUUGGACAUUGACAUUGAGGGAGAAACAUAUUAUCAAGUAAAAGUGUCAUGACAUAUGAACUCCUCAUUACACUGCAAGUGAUGUAUCAUAAUUUGUAUUAUAUUGUUGAAAACAGUAUGCAGUUGUGCAGUAUUGAUACUGAUGUAAUGCAUAUGACAUUGCCUAACACCUAAAGUACACAUGAAACUUUCAGAAUUGAGGUAUUUGAAUAAAUGAACAAAAAUUAUAAUAAUAUUAG